AUGGGAACGCCCUGGGGAAGCGGUAAUGGCGACGACGGGAACUUGAUCUGGUGGAUCGGGACUCCUGCUGGCGCGGUCGAUGCGGGGCCGGAGCUGACCGGCGGUGGCUGCUGCAGCGGAGCACCGGGCGCGGCGGAGGCCGCCAGGAGCGGCGACUACCACUGUAGCCAGGGCGGGGCGGUGGUGGCGGUGGAUGGCAGCUGCAGUGGCCCGGCGAGCGUGGCGGGGACGCCUUGGGGCAGCGGCUGCUGCGGCGGAGUGCCGGGCGCGGCGGAGGCCGCCAGGAGCGGUGGCUGCCACUACAGACAGGGCGGGGCGGUGGAUGGCAGCGGCAGCGGCUGCGGCUGCUGCAGCGGCCCGGCGAGCGCGGCGGAGGCCGCUUGGUGCAGCGGCAGCCACGGCGGCGCGGUGGCGGUGAUGGGCGAUGUAGCUGGGUGCGGCCCGUAG